AUGUGUUCGAGAAAUGUUUUAAGGAAACAGAGGCACUGGGAGAAGAUCAUUUCGGCGAAAAAGAGCAGAAGAAAACUUGAGAGAGAGCGGCGUAAAGCUAAGCCCACUGAAGGAAAAGGUGCUGUUCCCCAGCUCAGCAAGCGGGAUUUAAAAGUGAUUAGAAAAGAGCGCCUUCUGGAGGCCAAGGAAACAGGCCCUCGGCUGUGUAUCGAUUUGAGCAUGACCAGUCACAUGACUUAUAAGGAAACAAGCCGGCUUGCCGCUCAGAUAAGGCGGCUCUAUGGGUCGAACAAGAAAGCUCAAAAGCCCUUUUGGAUCUAUCUUACUGGGUUUGAGAAAAACAGCCCAAUUUAUGAAGCAUGCCUGAGGAUGAAUGAUGGAUUUACCAAUUACCUGAUGGAUGUCACUCCAGAAAGUUAUCUUGACGUAUUUCCUUUAGAAAUGAUGGUUUACCUCACUCCAGACUCUGAGAAUGCUCUUGAGGAAGUUGACCUGCGCAAAGUGUAUAUCCUUGGGGGGCUGGUGGAUGAAAGCAUUCAAAAGAGACUUACCUUCCAAAGAGCCCAGGAAGAACAUCUGCAAACAGCACGGCUGCCAAUCCAAGAGUACAUGGUAAAACAUGUCAAUGCAAAGAACUAUCAUUCUACAACACUGGCAAUCAACCGGAGUUGGGAAGAAGCCCUUAAAGCUGCAGUUUCUCCAGGAAAAGGAUAUGUCCUUCGAGAGACAGCACUGUGACACAAAGAAUCUACGUGCAAAAGGUGGUCAUGAGGAGGAUGGGUUAGAAGGAUGGGUCUCCAAUAACCCUCAUCUACUGAACUCAUCUCCAC